AUGCGCGCACCCGCGCCACCCACGCGCAAGGCCUUCAACUGCAUCGUCGACGACACGGCGCUGAUGGCGGGCGUCAAGAAGAGCACCCGCGACGGAAUCCGCAAGUGGAUUUCCCAGGGCGCCAUCCGCCUCUUUGUCCCGCUGCACACGCUCGCCCAGCUGCAGCGCCUCAAGAACGGCAGCGAGCGCGUCAACGCCGACGCCCGCGAAGCCGUCAAGUGGCUUGACGAAGUCACGUCGCUGCCCGCGGUCGAGGCAACUAACGGCGUCCAGCUCGAGGGCGCCGAGGAGGCCUACACGACGUGGGACGAGGUGGAGAAGCACCAGCUGCCCGAGACGCUGCUGUCCAUGGACGACAGCGAGUCCGACGACGACGGCGCCCACGACGACCUGGAGAGCUCCUUCGCCGCGCUCGAGGUCUCGGACGACACGUCGGUGAGCUCCACGCACAGCCUCGAGGACACGCCCAAGACGCCAGAGUCCCCUCGGUCGUUUGUGCGCAGCGACAGCAAGACUGCGCAUGACGUCACCCACAAGGAGAAUGCAGCUGCUCUGCUCGUCCAGUCGCCCGAUCGCACCGCCCGCAACAGCAGCGAACUUGCCCGCGGCUGCCAGACGCCCAAAGCCGCCGUACCUGCCUAUCUCCAGCCUCUCUUCAACCAUAUCCUGUGGCGCAUCCACAAGGAGUCGAACCCUGACGCGGCCCUCGAGUCAUUCAUCCUCUUGACAAACGACCCCGCUAAACAAAUCAUCGCUCAGAAAUUCGGCAUCCGGGCCAAGCGCCUGGAGCAGCUCCGCGACGCUGUUGCGCGCGAGGACCGAGAGUUCAGGAACCACUUGACCAUGUACAAGCUCGAGGCUGAAGCAACUGCUGCAAAGGCGAGCGGCAGUCCAGCUGCGCCCAAGCAAGCCGAGUCACCCAAGUCACCCAAGUCCACCCAUUCCGCCGAAGCCAAGCCCCAGGCCAAUUCCGACGACGAGGACGUCGUACUCCUCCAGCGCGCUCCUCGCGGCCCAGCAAAGGCCACAAAUGACCACCGCGUACUAGACCCCAACGACUUCGCACGUGCCAACCAGCAUCAUUCACCGCGCGGCGGUCGUGGAGCACAGCUAACACCUCGAGGAUCACCCAUCCGAGGCCGUGGCGCCUUCACACCGCGCGGAGCCUACGUUCCUCCAACCCCGCCCGUACGCGCCCCGCCCGCCCCUCGCUUCGACCCGAACCAGCCCAUCGAUCCGAACUCCUUCGCACGUCCCAACCCGCGAGCGAGCCCCGUACGUGGCGGCGGCAGGAGGAAGUUGUGGGAGCCGAAUUAG